GGUAUCAGGAAAUGACAGAAAACCUGAAUACGGAACUGAAGCAGCAGCUCAGAGUCUCUCGCUCUGAAGUGGCAGCACAGAGUGGGAGCCCAGUGACGACGUGAAAAGCUGGGAGCUUAGAGCAGACACUCGCACUACUGGAGAUGUGGAAGUCUGUAGUAGGGCAUGAUGUAUCUGUUUCUGUGGAGACCCAGGGUGAUGACUGGGACACAGACCCUGACUUUGUGAAUGACAUCUCUGAGAAGGAGCAACGGUGGGGAGCCAAGACCAUUGAGGGCUCUGGACGCACAGAGCAUAUCAAAUUCUUUUUGUCUAAGCAUUCUAUCAAUUGGGCUCUCAUGACUACUCCUUCCACCACAGAUUACUCUCAUGGCUUUGGAGGCCGCUAUGGGAUAGAGAAGGAUAAACGGGAUAAGGCAGCUCUGGGAUAUGACUACAAAGGAGAAACAGAGAAACACGAGUCCCAGAGAGAUUAUGCCAAGGGCUUUGGUGGUCAGUAUGGAAUCCAGAAGGACCGAGUGGAUAAGAGCGCUGUUGGCUUCAAUGAAAUGGAGGCCCCAACCACAGCUUAUAAAAAGACGACACCCAUAGAAGCUGCUUCUAGUGGUGCCCGUGGGUUGAAGGCAAAAUUUGAGUCUAUGGCUGAGGAAAAGAGGAAGCGGGAGGAAGAAGAAAAGGCACAGCAGAUAGCCAGGCAGCAACAGGAGAGAAAGGCCCUGAUAAAGAUGAGCCAUGAGGCUCAGCAGCCAGUGGACACUGUGGGAGAACCGGAGGUGCCAGCCCCAUUGCCCAAGAAAAUCUCUUCAGAGGCCUGGCCUCCAGCAGGGAACUGUCCAUCAUCAGAGCCUGAGCCUGUGAGAACCAGUAAGGAACAGCCAGUGCCUGCCCUGCCCUUGAGGCAGAAUCCCCCAGAGGACGAGGAGCCCCCAGCUUUGCCUCCCAGGACUCCAGAAGGCCUGCAGCUGGAGGAAGAGCCAGUAUAUGAAGCAGAGCCUGAGCCUGAGCCUGAGAAUGACUAUGAGGAUGUUGGAGACAUGGACAGACAUGAGCAGGAUGGUGAACCAGAUGGGGACUAUGAAGAUGUGCUUGAAACUGAGAAUCCUUCUUGUCCCUCCACUCUGGCUGAAUCAUCUGGCUACCCAGCUGGGACUGGAGCAGGGAUCUCAGCUAUAGCCCUGUAUGAUUACCAAGGAGAGGGAAGCGACGAGAUUUCCUUCGAUCCUGAUGACAUCAUCACUGACAUUGAGAUGGUGGAUGAGGGCUGGUGGCGGGGACGUUGCCACGGCCACUUUGGACUCUUUCCUGCAAAUUAUGUCAAGCUCCUCCAGUAAAUGGCCCUCCCUGUCUUCUGCACUGUGACUUCCCACGUCCAAAGUUGUUCUGCCUCCACCCAUGCCCCAUUCCUGCUGCAAGUGUCAUGAGUUGCCUGAUAUUCUAGACAGACUUUCUUCUACCUCUCCACUAGGGGUUGGGGCAGAGACAACAUGAAGAAGGGGUCUCCUUCCACUCAGUGUCCUCUCUACCCUAGAUGAGCUUAUGCACGUUUAUGUUGUGGUCCUUCCUCCUUCGCCAUGAAUGCUCCUUCAAAUACCCCAAGUUCUGCCUUGCUCCGUUUGUGAGCUCUGAGCUUCCUGGUUUGUUUAUAUGGGAAGGUAUGUCUAGAUUGCCUGGUUUGCUUGGCUGUGCUAUUUGCCCACUUUCCUUUUUUGUGGAGAUAAUUUUUUAAUCUUCUCUCUGUUCAGUUAAAUCAGAAAUAAAGUGGGACUAUGAUUCAUUUCUA